GUCAAGUGUUCAUUUGAGCUUACUAUCGAUUGAUCCCUCUCUUGACCACCUAAAGCUGAGGAAAGGAUAAGCCACAAGAAAUGGUGAGAGCCCCUUUCUUUGACAAAAAUGGACUCAAGAAAGGAGCAUGGAGUCAAGAAGAAGACGAUAAGUUGAGAGCUUAUGUACAGAGAUAUGGCCAUUGGAAUUGGCGUGAACUUCCCAAGUUUGCAGGACUAUCAAGAUGUGGAAAGAGUUGCAGACUCCGAUGGAUUAACUACCUUCGGCCUGGAGUAAAGCAUGGAAACUACUCUAAGGAGGAAGAAGAUUUGAUCAUCAGAUUGCAUGAACAAUUUGGAAAUAAAUGGUCAAAGAUUGCAGCAAAAUUACCAGGAAGAACGGAUAAUGAGAUCAAGAACUACUGGCACUCCCAUCUAAAGAGGCGAGCGAAGAAAAGUGAAAGUUCAAAUGGCAUGAAAGAGCAGUGUUCAACUGAAACUUUAUGCGAAGUUAGCCAAACUAGGAAUCUGAAAAUAGAGAGUUAUAUUGCAAAAACCCCAUAUUCUCACCCAAUAUUAGAAAGUUACCCUUUAUCGGCGGAGCCAUCUUCAAGUGAAGUUUCUCACUUGAGCUCCGCAGAUUCUUGUUUGGUUACUGCAUCUGCUACAAGUUGUAAUGUGGAAGAUAGAGUCUCUUAUUCUUUUGAAACAUUCGAAGAUACAAGUGGAGAUUUUUGGACCCAACCCUUUGUGGCUGAUCAAGAUGGUUACAUAUUAUCAGUGUUAGAUGGAGGAUUUACCUCUCCAUCUUUCACAAGUUAUGAUGAUAGUGUAGAUUUGUUCUACCAGGUGAUGAAAGAACUUUCAGGAAAUUAGUUUAGUUUUUGCUAUAUAUAUAUAUAUAUAUAGAGAGAGAGAGAGAGAGAGAGAGAGAGAGUUACAGCGAACGGACACAAUAUACAUAUGUUUAUGUGUAACGAAGCAAAAACUAUAUAUAUUAAUGUUAUCACAUGAUGAUUCUUCAUCAUAA